GUUUCACCAAACGAAUCUUCGUAACGCUUUUUCGUGAUUUCACUUUCCCAGUUUUAUCUCAAACUCUCUCUCUGUCGUCUUGAUCGAUCUCCCAAAUCUCAAAUUCGGAACAAAACACAUAAUUUGGUUCGGUCUUCUUCUUCAAUUUUCACCGACACAAACCCGUAUUUUCCUCUUCUCUCUCUCAUUUCUAUCAAUUUUCUCGACAAUUCCCCAGUCGUCGAAGAAGCUACAGCUUGCAAUUUGCUCGUGUUCUCUUCCAUCGUUCCAAAAAGCCUUUUCAUGGCUUCCACGGUUGAUUCCAAUAUCUUCUCAUCCGUCCCAGCUCUUCAGAGUAACCUCGGAAUUUUGUCUCCUGAUCAGAUCGAAUUGGCCAAGAUCUUAUUGGAAAAUGGUCAGAGUCAUCUCUUCCAACAAUGGCCUCAACUUGGCGUUGAUGACAAACAGAAACUAGAUUUUUUCGAUCAGAUUGCUCGCUUAAAUUCAAGUUAUCCUGGGGGUUUAGCGGCAUACAUUAAGACUGCGAAAGAGCUUCUCGCUGAUUCGAAAUUAGGGAAGAACCCAUAUGAUGGUUUCUCUCCUUCUGUUCCUUCAGGAGAAAAUCUUACUUUUGGUAAUGAGAACUUCAUCGAAAUGGAAAAUAGAGGUGUCGUCGAAGCUAGGAAUGCCGCUUUUGUUCUUGUUGCUGGUGGUCUUGGCGAGCGUCUUGGUUACAAUGGAAUCAAGGUGGCACUUCCAAGGGAGACAACUACUGGGAUAUGCUUCUUGCAGCACUACAUUGAAUCUAUAUUGGCUCUUCAAGAAGCUAGCAACAAGAUCGCUUCUGAUGGAAGUCAGAGAGACAUUCCUUUCAUUAUUAUGACAUCUGAUGAUACACAUUCACGUACACUGGAGCUAUUAGAGUCAAACUCUUAUUUUGGGAUGAAACCUACUCAAGUACAUCUUCUAAAACAGGAAAAAGUUGCAUGUCUUGAUGAUAAUGACGCCAGGCUUGCAUUAGACCCUCACAACAAAUACAGUAUCCAGACGAAACCUCAUGGACAUGGCGAUGUUCAUUCACUUCUAUAUUCCAGUGGCCUUCUUCAUAAAUGGCUUGAUGCUGGUUUAAAAUGGGUUUUGUUUUUCCAAGAUACAAAUGGUCUUCUCUUCAAUGCAAUUCCAGCUUCUUUGGGUGUGAGUGCAACCAAACAGUAUCAUGUUAACUCUCUUGCUGUUCCCCGUAAGGCGAAGGAAGCUAUUGGAGGAAUUACUAAACUUACUCACGUUGAUGGCAGAUCUAUGGUUAUCAAUGUGGAGUACAAUCAACUUGAUCCUCUACUUAGAGCAUCUGGAUUCCCUGAUGGAGAUGUUAAUUGUGAGACAGGCUUUUCGCCAUUCCCGGGAAAUAUUAAUCAAUUGAUUCUGGAUCUUGGUCCCUACAAAGACGAGUUGCAAAAAACUGGAGGGGCCAUCAAAGAGUUUGUUAAUCCAAAAUACAAGGAUAGCACCAAAACAGCGUUUAAAUCUUCAACUCGUCUAGAGUGUAUGAUGCAAGAUUAUCCAAAGACAUUGCCUCCAACAGCACGAGUUGGAUUCACGGUGAUGGAUAUAUGGCUUGCUUAUGCACCCGUAAAGAAUAAUCCUGAGGAUGCUGCUAAGGUACCAAAGGGAAACCCAUAUCACAGUGCAACUUCUGGAGAAAUGGCGAUUUAUCGUGCUAACAGCCUCAUUCUUCAAAAGGCUGGUGUCAAAGUGGAAGAGCCUGUGAAGCAAGUCUUGAAUGGCCAAGAGGUUGAAGUAUGGUCUCGUAUCACAUGGAAACCCAAAUGGGGAAUGAUCUUCUCUGAUAUCAAAAAGAAAGUCAGCGGGAACUGCGAGGUCUCUCAGAGAUCCACGAUGGCUAUCAAGGGUCGUAAUGUUUUUAUUGAAGAUCUCUCCUUGGAUGGUGCUCUUAUUGUAGAUUCCAUUGAUGAUGCAGAGGUUAAACUUGGAGGUUUGAUAAAGAACAAUGGUUGGACCAUGGAGAGUGUAGAUUACAAGGACACAUCGGUUCCAGAAGAAAUAAGAAUCAGAGGUUUCAGAUUCAACAAAGUGGAGCAACUCGAAAAGUAUUUCACUCAACCUGGAAAAUUUUCUGUGGAAGAUUGAAGUUAUCUUUGUGACACUUUGAAAAAGUGUUAUUUGGCAAUAUGAUUAAUUAGCAAAUUAUCUUUUUUUUUAAAUGCCAAAUGAUCCAUUUGUCCUUCUAAUUGAGGGCUUAAUUCUUUCUUUAUGUUUUUCUUUUUCUUUAAACUUUAAUGUUUAAACUUUCAAAGAUUUUUCUCAUAACCCCAAGUAUGGAUAAUCUCCAACCUCACACAA